CUAAGUGCUACCUUCAACAUAAAUCCGUUUGGGAUCAGACAACCCAAAUCCUGAAUUCUACAUGUUUAAGUAGUCCAACCUCAUCGUUAAACAUUAUGUCUAGGACAUAAUAGUGCAUUGACCUCAUUGACAGCACACAAAAUAUAUACACAUGAGGCAGUUUCAUGUUCUUUCACAUGGGUAAUUAUCACCUAGUUUAGCAGCGGCAUUAACAAGCACUCUGGGAAAAGUUCACGGUUCAUCCUGGUCUUCUAGGAACAUCAUUCUUCUCAACAGAGCAGAUGGUUUCUCUCCAUAGGUUAAUUUGACCCUGACAAGGGCCGGAUUGUGCCUCCAAAACCAGCAGUCAAGUUUAAAGAUAUCAGGUUUGAAACUGCAAAACGUGAUAUUCUCAACAUUUCGGUCAGUGUGACCUCCAUUUAACUGGGGGGCUUGCCAAGAAGGGUCCGCUCUGUGCAAAGCAAUACCCUGUAAAUUUCACGCUGAAGAAAUUCAUAUCAUUAAUGUGCCCAUAUAUCUGAAGAAUCACAGAUACGGUCUGGCUGCUACGCUAAGCUAUUAUAGCGCUCAUGACCGGGCUUUUAGCCACAGGUUACUACCAAAUGUUUUAGAGAUUUAACGUUUCAGAGCAUGACCUUGUAGGCUGUAAUUGUUCUUCAUGAGCUGGUGUCAUGCCAAGAAUAAAAUGGAUAAAGGGCUUGAGCUCAAUGUGAUGACAGGCUUUAUUUAACGUACCUACGGACAAAAUUUGAGCAUGCUAUUAAGUGCUGGCCUUCCCCCACAGCAGAGAUUUAGGAGCGCUUUCACUUUUCAUAUGCGUAUCUUGCCCUCCAAAAGGUUAUUUAUGAAUGUUAUUUCUAUGCAUCCAACAGGCAAACCGACAGGAUAUGGGCCUAGUUCGAGACGGUCGCACAAUCGCGGCAUAGUGGAUGAAUGCUGCUUUCAGAGUUGUGAGCUGAGGCGACUGGAGAUGUACUGUGCGCCUGUAAAGCCCGGCAAAACUCCACGAUCCCUACGAGCGCAACGGCACACAGACAGUCCCAGGACAGCAAAGAAACCUAUAUCUGGACAUAGCCACUCUUCCUGUAAGGAGGUUCAUCAGAAGAACUCGAGCCGAGGAAAUACAGGGGGCAGAAACUAUCGCAUGUAGAGGACAGUAGGGCGAAUGGCUGAGAGAGACAAGUGAAACUGUUGGACAGCGGAAAACGAGAGGAAAGAAAGACUGUGGUCUUCCAGGGAUGUGCUCCACUGUAAAAAAACAAAACAUAACAAAACAAACAAAAAAACCCCAACAAAAUACUAAAAAUACAAUUAAAAAAAACAACAAGAUACUGGAUACUGUUAAAGCCCCAUGUUAAGACAAACAAAAUCUGAUGAUUUCCAUACACUGCACCAUUCCAUACUGGGGGAAAAUACUAAAUUAGCUGCUAAAAAAGUCAAAUGAUAACGGUUUAUCUCCUCGUGUGAACGGUUGCACCUAAUGGAUGCCGGAAGUUUUUUUUUAGUGGCAAAAUAUUAAUGUUUGCGGGCACAGAAAGGAGUGAGAUCACGGACCGUGUUGACAAGAAAGGCUGUCUAGACCCAUUUGAAACCCUUGCAAAACCAAACUACGGCUGCACAGAGAGAUGACGUAUAAAAUACAAAUCAGUCUUUUCGUAUUUGAAUCAUUGUGCAAGACCAGAUCAAGGGGGAUUAUACAAAAGCCUUCUGCAGAUGUGCUGAGGUGCUCUAGAGAACACAUUUAGGAUUGAUGGAACACGACCUACAUCCUGCAAAACACCUUGUGUGUGUGUUUUUUAAAUUGUGUGUGAGGGAUCUUUGCUUCUUUUUUUAAUCAUUUUAACUGUAUGGUUUACCUUCUUUAGAAAAUGGGAGGUGAAAGCCAUUCACUCGAACAGUUAUCCGCAUGCAUUUACACCAGUGUAUCAGCACACACAGUAAAGACAGAGGGAUGACAACAGAAACCACAACAGAUGCAAAAAAUUACGAGCAAUUGUAACAUAUACCAUUAAGAAGAACAUAAUCUGGUUUAGCAGCUGCUGUUUAUCAAAUAGGAAGUUGCAGGUUUGCAUCUUUACAGCGAAAGACUGGUGACAUUACUGCAACUCACUACCUAUAUUAAAAGGAUAUUUCGCCCAAAAAUUUAAAUUGUGUCAUUCACUCAUUUUUACUUUACCUCCUCAUGUGUUUACUUACGACUUUUUCAGUCCAUUUCUGAUACUCGUUUCUGCUGGGUAAAAGGCAGUUGCGACUUUAUUUUGCAUAACACAGCCUUAUGGCUCAUAUGUGACUAUUUGAAACUAUCACACAAUUACCUUUUUAUUUUAUUUUUAUUGCCACAGUGUAAAUGGGCUUAUAUAAAGGCGACAUUUGUCAGUGAAUAAUGAUUUAAAUUUCUGGAUUGCAGAGCCCGAGUCAUUUGGAAUUAUGUUUUAUUUGCAUUUACUUUCCCUUUUUGAAGCUUUACAGACGUGGUCACUAUAAACUAUGAUUGUACAGCAAAUAUUAGAAACAAUUCUCAUUCUGAAAAAGAAAAAUACCAGAGCACAGGUUAAUAAAAAUGACAUAAGAUGCAUAAAUAAUGACAGAAUGUCUGUUUUUGGGUGAACUAUCCCCCUACAGCCCACUUUAGGCCGUUUUCACAGUCCCUCUGCAUGGUGAUUUCCUCUUUUCUGACCCCAAUGAAUCACGUCAACCCACACUGUUUACUCUGUAUCUAUACUCAACCUAUAUUAACCUUUGCAUUCUCUAACCAUAAUCUUAUGUGAUGGCAUCAUAUAGCGGAACCAUAUAAAAGAUCAACCCACUGUAUAAUGGUGCUAUUUUGUAGUUUGUUACUUGCAGGGGUUGGCUGAAAACAUGAAGCUCUAUGUUGGAAGUCUUCCCUUUUGCACAGCCUUGUGGCCACCAUUGUAAUAAUAUUCUUUUAUUUUUAUUUUUAAGCUAUUUCAAUAAGGUUACAGUGUAAGCGAGCGAAAGUUUUUUUUGUGAGAGCUGUGAAUGCAUGGAAAAAGG